AUGGAAACCUCAGAAGACCAUGGCAACGGCGAGCUCAAUCACCUCACCAAGAAGCCGCGUCUCACUCGUUUCAUAACCGAAUCCGCGAUUGCCGACGAGUUCGCUCACCACCAGCCAGGCGUAGCCCGAAUCAACAACGGGAGUUUCGGGAGCUGCCCCGGAUCAGUGCUCUCUUCGCAGCGGGAGUGGCAGCUCAAGUUCCUCCGGCAGCCAGACGAUUUCUACUUCAACGGACUCCGCAAAGGCAUCCUUCGCUCCCGCACUCUCGUCAAGGACCUCGUCGGUGCCGCUGACGUCGAAGAGGUCUCCCUCAUCGAUAACGCCACCACGGGCGCUGCCAUCGUCCUCCAGCAAAUCGGCCGCGCCUUCGCUGAAGGCAGGUUCGAUCGGAACGACGCGGUCUUGAUGUUCCACUGCGCUUUCCAAGCGGUGAAGAAGUCUAUGGAAGCUUACGUCCGGCGGGCUGGGGGGUCUGUUAUCGAGGUGCGCUUGCCGUUUCCGAUUCUGUGCGAUGAGGAGAUAAUUACGGAGUUCAGGAAGGGAUUAGAGAAAGCUAAAUCCAAUGGUAGGAAAGUUAGGUUAGCGAUUAUCGAUCAUAUCACGUCGAUGCCAUCUGUUGUCACUCCUGUGAAAGAACUCGUUAGGAUUUGUAGGGAAGAAGGAGUAGACCAAGUUUUCGUCGAUGCAGCUCAUGCUAUCGGCAGUGUUGAAGUGAAUGUGCAGGAGAUUGGGGCUGAUUUCUACGUGAGCAAUUUGCACAAAUGGUUUUUCUGCCCCCCAUCUGUUGCAUUUUUGUACUGUAAGAAAUCAGGGUCGUCUUUGGAUGCUCAUCACCCUGUUGUUUCGCACGAGUAUGGUAAUGGACUGCCGACAGAGAGUUCAUGGAUUGGGACGAGGGAUUAUAGUUCGCAGCUGGCUGUUCCUACAGCGUUUGAGUUUGUUAAUUCCUUUGAGGGAGGAAUUAGAGGGAUAAUGAAGAGGAAUCACGAUGAGGUUGUUAAGAUGGGAGAAAUGUUGGCUGAAUCGUGGGGGACCAACCUCGGUGCUCCACCGGAGAUGUGUGCAUCCAUGGUGAUGGUAGGCUUGCCUUCGAGAUUGUAUGUCACCAGUGAUGAUGAUGCUUUGCGGUUAAGGUCACAUUUACGAGCUUAUUAUGGGGUCGAGGUCCCAAUACACUAUCAAGGUCCAAGAGACGGUGAAGAUGGUGUGAAGGAUGAGUACGGGAUUGUAACAGCCUAUGUGAGGAUUUCCCAUCAAGUUUACAACACAUUAGAUGACUAUUGCAAGCUUAGAGAUGCUAUAAAUCAGAUUGUUGACAACAAGAAAACCUGCAAAACUCUUCUGAUAGAAUGA